AUGGAGGAUCUUUGCAACCACGAUAGUUUUUGGAGGCAAAAAGUAGAUGCCACUAGGAAAAUGGGAUUGCUUCCCGAACAGAAGAUGACAGGAGCCUUGAGAAUGCUUGCAUACGAUGCAGCCGCUAAUCAAUGUGACGAAAUCACUAGGAUGGGAACUUCUACGGCGCUGAAAUGUCUAAAGAAAUUUUGCAGGCAAAUUGAGCUUCUCUACGGUGGGUGGUUUCUGCGUUCUCCUAAUCCUGCUGACUUAUAUAGGCUUCUCAACAGAGGACACCGUCGCGGGUUUCCAGGCAUGAUUGGAAGCAUCGAUUGCAUACACUGGGAGUGGAAGAAUUGCCCAACCGGCUGGGCUGGAGCUUACUCGGGUCGGAAGGGAAGACCAACUAUAAUUCUAGAAGCAAUGGCAUCUCACGACACACAUGUAUGGCAUGCUUUCUUUGGCACCCCUGGAGCUCAAAAUGACCUCAACGUUCUUGGUGCUUCCAAUGUGUUCGAGCGUGUCAUAGGUGGAAUUGCACCUUUGGUUGAGUUUGAUGUCAACAACAAAAGGUACACCAAUGGUUACUACCUUGCUGAUGGAAUAUACCCGAGGUGGUCCACUUUUGUGAAAACAAUAUCGAACCCCAGAACAGAAGAGGAGAAACACUUUUGCAAAAAACAAGAGGCUUACCGCAAAGAUGUGGAACGGUGUUUCUGUAUCCUCCAAUCUCGAUGGGCUAUACUGCGUCACGGUGCAAGGUUGUUUAAAUUAGAAGAUCUUCGAGCCAUCAUGAUAAGCUGUAUCAUUCUUCAUAACAUGAUUGUGCAGGAUGAAUUUGUCGAGGAAGAAUUUGUGGAGCCUAUAGAAAAUGAUCUAAUGAAUCCAUCUAUGGCAACUGUCUACGAUCGACCUGUGCAUCCCGAUACUGGAGAACCUAUUCAAUUCGAACCAGUAGGAAGAGACGGACAAAAUCUUCCUCGAUUCAUGGAUCGAGAAUUUCAGGUAGAGUCUUUGGUGAUGCACAAUUGGAACAUAGAUGGUAACCGAGUAUGA